AUGGUGAAGCGAUGCGCGUGGGGGACUUGUAGAAACGAUUCACGGUUACCACAUUUACAAAAUAAAAACAAGAAUGGGGAUCCUAUAACAUUCUUUCGUUUUCCGGCGCCAAAGCGCUGGAAAGAAGCAGCAGAAAGAAGAAAGCGGUGGAUCGUUGCGUGUCAUCGUGGGGACACAUUCGAAUGCAAGAAAGACAGUUAUAUCUGUAGCUUGCAUUUCGUUGGAGAAAAUGGUCCAACGCCUGAACAUCCAGAUCCAAUAUCAGCUAUAACGAGCAAGGAAAAGGUUGAAAGGCUUCAUCGCAAACCUUGUUCACAAGAAGUUGACGAUGACAUAUUGGCAUGCGAAGGUUUACUAAUGUUGCAUCAAUCUUGCAAAUCUAAACCACAAGUUAAACAAGUACAACUGCCAUCACCACUGUAUGAAAAUAAUACGACACAGCAGUACAGUGACAAAGCCAUACAGACAAAUAUCAUGGCCACUGAUCUUAAAGCCUAUUCUGAUGAGAUGUUGAAAAGCUCGAAAACUCUGCGAAGGCAUUUAUUUAUUGCUCUAGUGGAUAACCCAGAUAAAACCUACCACCUUACAGGUUUGCAAAAGGAAUACCUUGAUGUUUUGUUUGAAAACGUAAAAGAAAAAGCAACAUCAUUGAAAAUGUGGUCAGGCUUUAAAAAGACAGGAAAGAAAAGUGGUGUAAGAAGGAAAUAUUCAGAGGAGCAAGAGGUAAAGAUGGCUAAUCUCACAAUAAGAGAGCAGCUAAUUUUUACACUAAUAAGACUACGAAGACGGCCUACUCUAGCUUCUUUGUGUUACGUAUUUGGAAUUUCUGUUGGAUCUGGCAGUAAGGUGUUUGUAACAUGGGUUCUUUUCUUGGAGAAAGAACUCAAAUUCUUAUUAAAUUUCUCAACAUUGGCUGAUAUGGAAGGAGUAAAACGUCCAAAAGUUUUCAGAAAGUCAAAGUACUUGAAUCUACGAAGCAUUGUUGAUUGCACAGAACUGUACAUUGAGAAGCCAUCUCUGCCAUCCAGUCAACGCAGAACGUUCAGCACGUAUAAGUCACACAACACCUUUAAGUUAUUAGUUUCUCUAUCACCACUUUGCCAUAUUAACUUUGUGUCAAAAUUGUAUACUGGUGCAAUAAGCGAUAAGGAAAUCCAGCAAAGUGGUUUUCUUGACUAUAUUGAACCUGGAGAUACGAUAAUGGCUGAUAAGGGGUUUAACAUUCAAGAUCUUUUAGCCAUAAAGAGUGCAACCCUAAUAGCCCCUCCUGUCAUGUCAAGUAAAAACGUCUCAUCGCGUGCCUCUACAGCAACCAGAAGAGUGGCCACAUCCAGAGCACAUGUGGAAAGAAUCAUCCGGAAAUUAAAGUGCUUUAGUGUUCUGAGAGGAGUCAUUCCAUUGACAUUCAAGUCUUAUGUUACCUCGAUUGUGAGAGUCUGUGCUGCUAUUGUAAAUUUACAACCAAGAAUAAUUAAAGUUUAA